UUAAAACCGUAAUAACUGCGCUGUAAUCAUCGAACAUCAUUUAACAUUUCAAUCCACAAAGAGUGAUUUCGUCAGCAACACAUUUACUUGCGGUGAUUUACUAUUUUAGUCAAAUUUUUGUAAUUUAUUGAAUUAAAAUGUCGAGGAAGCAGCAAGAGUGGAAUUCACCUGACGAUACGAUCCCUAAACUAAGGCUAUACAAUAGUCUGUCAAGGAAGAAGGAGAUCUUUAAUCCACAGGAUAGAAAACUUGUAAAAUGGUAUUCAUGUGGUCCAACAGUGUAUGAUGCAAGUCAUAUGGGUCACGCUCGUACUUAUAUAUCGUUUGAUAUUCUCCGUCGUGUUCUUGCUGACUAUUUCGGCUAUCAAAUUUACUUUGUGAUGAAUAUUACUGAUAUUGAUGAUAAAAUUAUAAGACGUGCAAGGCAAAACUUCCUGUUUGAAGAGUAUAUCAAGAAAAAUGUUUCACUAGAGGAAUUUAUCGAGAAUGUCAAUACGUCAAUGGAAAUAUUUCGUAAUAAAAAGGCCGAAAAUAAAGAUCCAGAUAAGGCAAUUAUGAUGGAUAGGAUUUUAACAGGCGUAGAAGAAGCUGAAAACAAUUUACGUAAAGCAGUCGAGUCUGCGAAUGAAGAGGAAAUUCCAAAAGCUAGAUUACAUUUGCAAGAAGCAGCAAAAUCGCCUGUAAGUGACUGGCUAGAUUCUCAAUUUGGUGCUACAGUUAGAGACAAGAAGAUCUUUGAGACACUCACAAGAUUCUGGGAAAAUGAAUAUAAUGAAGACAUGGAAGCGUUGAAUAUAUUGCCACCAAACGUACUGACAAGAGUUACUGAAUAUGUUCCUGAAAUUAUAACAUUUAUCCAAAAAAUCAUCGCUAAUGGCUAUGCUUAUGAAUCAAAUGGUUCAGUUUAUUUCGAUGUCGCUAAAUUCGACUCUGCAAAGCAACAUUAUUAUGCUAAACUAGUUCCUGAAGCUUUUGGAGAUACAGCACAGCUGCAAGAAGGAGAAGGUGAUUUGAGUGGAGAUCGUGGAACUGAAAAGAGAUCACCAAAUGAUUUUGCUUUAUGGAAGAAUAGUAAGGAAGGAGAACCAGCUUGGGAAAGUCCAUUCGGACUUGGACGACCUGGAUGGCAUAUUGAAUGCUCUGCAAUGGCUGCAGAAAUCUUUAAAGGCGAUUUGGACAUUCACACUGGAGGAGUUGAUUUAAAAUUCCCGCAUCACGACAAUGAAAUUGCGCAAAGUGAAGCUCAUUAUGAUAAUGGUGGAUGGGUCAAGUACUUCCUUCAUACUGGCCACUUGACAAUCUCUGGAUGUAAAAUGUCAAAGUCAUUGAAGAAUUUCAUUACAAUAAGGGAAGCUUUGAAGCAACAUACAGCAACACAAAUUCGUUUUGCAUUCUUAUUACAUUCAUGGAAGGACACACUUGAUUAUAGUGCAAAUACAAUGGAAAUUGCUGUAAGAUAUGAGAAGCUUCUUAAUGAGUUCUUCCUGAAUGUCAAGGACUUGGUACGUCAGUAUAAGACUAAGGAAAUGAAAAAGUAUACCGAGCGUGACUUAGAUUUGAGUAACAAAUUCUAUGAGACGAAAAAAUCCGUUCAUGCUGCAUUGUGUGACAAUAUUGAUACGAAAUCAGCACUUGAUUCAAUCCGUGAAAUAAUUUCAAAUGCUAAUAUUUACAUCCGUGACAUUCAGUCUGCUGUUAAUGCUCAGUUGCUUGAAGAAAUUGCCAUUUACAUUACAGAACUUCUUCAAAUUUUCGGAGCAAUUUCCAAUAAGAAUAAAAAGUUUAUUGGAUUUCCAGCAAAAUCAGACGACGGCGAGAGUGAAAAUAAGGAAGAAAUUCUAAUUCCAUAUUUAGCAGCACUAGCUGAUUUCCGUAAAGUCGUACGUGAAAGUGCAUUGGAAGUAAAAGCUACAAAAAUCCUUCAAUUAUGCGACGAGUUGCGUGACGAAAUUUUACCAAACUUGAGUGUUCGUUUAGAAGACAAAGAAGGCAAGUCAGUUAUAAAGCUCGUCGAUCGUGAGACAUUAAUGAAAGAAAGGGACGAAAAGAAGAAACGUGAGGAUCAAAAGAAGGCAGAACAGCUUGCAAAGGCUGAAGCUCAACGUCAAAAAGACAAGGAACGUGAAGAACAGCGUAAAAUUGAUCCAAAAGACAUGUUCAAGUCACAAAUGGAUAAAUAUUCAGCAUUUGAUAAUGAAGGCUUGCCAACGCACGAUAAUGAAGGCAAGGAGAUCAGCAAAGGACAACAGAAGAAACUGAAAAAGUUACAGCAACAGCAAGAAGUCAAAUACUCGGAAUAUCUCAAAUCAGUCACGAAUUGAUAAUUAAAAAGCAUUUACACAAUGCCUGUAUUAUUUGGUUGAUUAACUGGUGGCUGUGCUCGACUCAUGAAAUUUCUCAACAAUUCUCGUUGUCCGAAUGCCUUAACACCGUCUUUUAAGUUACUUCCAAAUUUACAUUUUAUAUAUCCAUGAAGAUUAGCUCCACUCAACGUCAAUGCGAUCAUGACAAGAACAAGCCACUUAAAUUUAAGUCCAAAUAGUGCCACGAUGAAGAAAAAUGUCCAUAAAAUAGGAACGACUGCAAGGGCCAGCCAAAAUAUUCUCGAUUCUCUUGGAUUGUGUCGAUUUAAUUGCUGUGCUUUGUCCUGCAAAAGGUUCGUAACCAUUAGAAAAUGUUUUUUAUCGCAUAGGAAGUUUGUUUGCCGGCUGUUUAGUGACAAUAGUAUAAAAUAUUUGAUAAUGUGAAUAUCAUGACGUCGCUAGUUUGCAGUCAUUUUACAAGACUGGAACAUAGAAACACAAUUAUGUAUUAAACGGGUUUUCAGAAUUUGAACUUUUGAAAACCAUACAAAUUUUUAAAACUCGCAUUUGUAUGGUUUUGAGAAAGUUUUAAUUCCUAAAAUCCGCUGGAAACCAAAAAUUUAUGAUGAGCAGACAGAAGAUUCAGUAAGCAACAAAAUCAUGGCAUUCAACAGCCAAUUGGCAAGACUCACCCUAGAUUCAUAGACCCAAAUGGAUUUUCCAUCGUCAUCAAUAUAAUUCCACCAUCUAAGACCUACUAAUAUCCUUCCUGUAAUGUUUUUAACUGUCCAAAAAUCAGCCGAAAGCAGCAGGACUAUAAAUACGAAACUUGUUAUAAAACUAUCGGUAAAUAACGAUGAAAAUAGAUAAAAGACUACGGCUAAAGAUCUGAAAAUGACAUGGAAAAAUGUGACGUA